AUCCAGGUGAAAUGCACACAUCACUGCUCCCUUUGAGCACACAAACAGAAGCCGGGUUCUCUCCUUAGCAGCAUCCGAGCAACAGACUCUCCGUGACCUCGGCCCUUCACUACGAUUCUUCCAGACUCCGGCUUUCUUGAUUACAGGCAUUUAGGAAGCAAUUGAGGAAUUUCUACAUGCGUUUUGGAAGUUACAGGUCACAGCCAAAAUGAGUGAAACCCCUUCUACUAGUUUUUCUACAAUUCAUCCUACUUCUUCUGAAAGUCAAGUUCCCGCCUCUCGCCAUUUGAGCGUAACUCGUCCUGUUGUGGCCAAACGGAUCAGCUUCUACAAGAGCGGAGACCCCCAGUUCGGCGGGGUUAGGGUGGUGGUCAACCCUCGUUCCUUUAAGACCUUUGAUGCUUUGCUGGAUAACCUGUCCAGAAAGGUACCCCUGCCUUUCGGAGUGAGGAACAUCAGCACCCCUCGGGGAAGGCACUGCAUCACCCGCCUGGAGGACCUGGAGGACGGCGAGUCUUACCUGUGCUCCCACGGCAGGAAGGUGCAGCCUGUCGACCUGGAUAAGGCCCGUCAGCGCCCGCGGCCCUGGCUCAGCAGCCGGGCCGUCAGCGCGCAUGCGCCCCGCCGCCCCGCCGCCGCAGCUCCCGGCAUGCCCCGCGGCCCGCGGAGGAUCCUGGUCUUCAGGAACGGAGACCCGAAGACGAGGCGCGCGGUUCUUCUGAGAAAGAGGGUCACCCAGAGCUUCGAGGCCUUUCUGCAGCACCUGACGGUGGUCAUGCAGUGCCGGGUGGUCAAGCUGUACACCACAGACGGAAGGAGGGUUUCCAGUCUCCAGGCGGUAAUCCUGAGCUCUGGAGCUGUGGUAGCAGCAGGAAGGGAGCCAUUUAAACCGGGAAAUUAUGACAUCCAAAAGUACUUGCUUCCUGCUAGAUUACCAGGGAUUUCUCAUCGUGUGCACCGCAAGGGAAAUGCGAGGUCAGAAAGCAGAAAGAUGAGCAUACAUAUGCCUUCAAGCCCAAAGUCCCAGAUUUAUUCUGUUUCUUCUGACAAAACUCAUAAUAAUGAUUGCUGCUCAGACUGUUCUUUUGCUCCUGAACAUUACUUGACCUUAGAAAAAAAUGAUUCUCAGAAUUUAUCAAUAUAUCCUUCCGAAGAUGAUAUUGAGAAAUCAAUUAUUUUCAAUCAGGAUGGCACUAUGACAGUUGAAAUGAAAGUUCGAUUCAAGAUAAAAGAGGAGGAAACCAUAAAAUGGACAACCACCCUCAGUAAAGCUGAUCUUUGUAAUAAUGAUGAAAAGAGUGAGAUAAGGAGUUUUCCCAGAAGAAUAGACAGUCGAUCAUCUGGUUUAAAGUUUACAGCAUGUUCAUUAUCUGCAGAUGUCUCACCUCUGGAGAAAGGCUAUAAUCAAGAGGGCAGUUUGGCAGAAGAGUUAAAGACUCAAAUGACAGAUCAAGAGGCUGAAACUUGCAGUUCUACUAGUUGGGAAAAUGGUGCUGUGGACCCAGAUAUCAUCCGUGGAAGUCAGGAUCAAGUGAAGCAUCAUUUUUAUAGGCCCCCUACACCUGGACCAAGGAGAGUGAGACAAAAGAAAUCUGUGGUAGGGAGUAUGACCUUAGUAUCUGAAACUGAGGUUCAAGAGAAAAUGAUUGGACAAUUUUCUUAUAGCAAAGAAAGGGAAGGUGGGGAAAACAAAUCUGAGUAUCACAUGUUCACACAUUCUUGCAGUAAAAUGUCAUCAGUAUCUAACAAACCAGUACUUGUUCAGAUCAGUGACAAUGAGCAGAUGGAGUCAUCUUUAGAAAGAAAAAAGGAAAGCAAACUGCUCAAGUCAAGUGCAAUAAGUGCUGGUGUUAUAGAAAUUACAAGUCAGAAGGUGUUAGAAAUGUCCCAUAAUAAUGACUUGUCAUCAGCUAUAUCAGAGAAUUCAAUUGUGGAGGAAGGUGUAGUUGAUAGUGUAAUAUUAGACAACAAAGCUGGUAUUAAGAACUUCAGAACUUGUGAUAACAGCAGUGAUAGGUUCAGUCCUAUUUCAGCAGAUGCAACUCAUUCUUCAAGUAACAACUCUGGAAGUGGCAAAAGUAUUUCUGAGGCUCCAGCAUCAGCAGCAUCUUCUGCUGUCACCACAGGAAUUGACAGACUAAUUAAUGAAUUUUCUCAGUGUGGUUUAACAAAAUUUCCAAAAAAUGAAAAGAAGGUUUUAUCUUCUGUUUCCAGCAAAAAGAAAAAGAAGUCUCCACAGCAAGUAAUAAGCUCCAGGUAUCAGGAAGAACAGGUUAAAACCAAAGGAAUCCCCAAGAAGAAAGAGAAAAUAAACACAGGAUGUAGAAUUGCACAAGAAACCAUAUUGCAAGAUUCACACAGUCUCCUUAAAGAAGGGAUACUUUGUGAAGAAGACAUCCAGGCAAAUGAUACAGUCAUUGAAUUAAAUCGUCUUUAUUCCAAAAGUAAUCUCAAUACCAUGAUUUCCAAGAAUUUCCAUAGAAAUAAAUUAAAUACUACUCAAAAUCCUAAGGUUCAAGGACUUCCAGCCAAAAGAAAAUCCAGACCACGAAAGAAAGUAAGCUUAGGAGGACCUAAAAAAAGAGAAAUUGGUCAAGGAGAUAAAGCGUUUCCCCACAAUGAAUCUAAAUAUUGUAAAAGUACUUUUGAAAAUCAGAAUUUAUUUCAUGUGUUUAACUUCCUUGAGCAAAAACCUAAAGCAUCUAAAGCAGAAAUGACAUCUGGGUAUUUGAGAGGAAUGACAGCGCAGAGUUUAACUUCCAAAGUUAAUGAUUCACAUAUAACUUUAAAAGGCCAGAAAAAACAAAAAGGGGAUAAAUUAAAAUCAGGUGCUAUUGUCAGUAAACAACAUGCUACAACCAGGGAAAAUUCUUUAGCUUGUUUGAAAAAAGCUGAUUUUCCUGAGGAUAUUGCCCAUCAUUCAAUUCAAAAGUAUAUACAGAGUUGGUUGCAGAACAUAAAUCCAUAUCCAACUUUAAAACCUAGAAAAUCAUCUCAAGUAUGCAAAAAUGAAAGAAGUGUGGUAAGUUCUAACAAUAAUGAUUUUCCAGGGAAUAAUCCCCUUACAAGUUCUGGAAAAAAAAGUAAUUUUUGUAUAGAAAGUAAUAAGUACGUAACCAAAAAUGCCAGUUUGGUGGGAGAUAAUCUAUGUAGAGAGGGAAGUAAAUCUCUUAUUGCCAAAGAUAAUGGCGAAGAGCUUACCAGUAAUCUCUGUGAGAGCCAGGUUGGAUCUCUGAAUGAUGCUUACUUGAUUUCCCUGCAUGAAUGUCAUACUUUGUCACAGUCAGCUAUUAAGGAUCAUAAUACUAAAAGUCACAUAUCUGCUGAAAAAUCAGGACCAGAGAUAAACCUUGUUUACCAAGAAACAAACCUAGCUAGAAAGGGGCAAAAUGUAGAGGCUGCCAUUCAAGUAGAUCCUGUAGAAGAGGGCACUCCAAAAGAUAUCUUAUCAGUCCUGUUGCUUCGCCAACUGCAAGCUUCAGUUUCUGGUAUUCACAAGACUCAGAAUGGACUUGUUCAAAUGCCAUGUUCUCUUGCAGAUGUUACCUUUCCUUCUGCAAUAUGUAAUCCGUCCACUAAUCUCCUUCUAGCUUGGCUCCUGGUGCUAAAUCUAAAGGGAAGUAUGAAUAGUUUCUGUCAAGGUGAUGCUCACAAGACUACCAACAGAUCCUCAGAAAUACUUGCAUUGUUGGAGCUUCUGAAGCACACUGCCAUCACAGAGGAAGCUGAUGACUUGAAGGCUGCUGUUGCCAGUUUAGUCGAGUCAACCACAGAUCAUUUUGGACUAAGUGAGAAAGAACAAGAUAUGGUUCCAGUAGGUUCUGCAAAUUAUUCCGCAGCCAGCAUUCAGAGAAUUCCUAAAUGCAAUGAAAGCAAAGUACAGAAAAUCUCCUCUUUGGAUGGAGGCAACUCUGCCAGUGAGGGCUGUGCCCCUGAAGUCUGUGUUUUGGAGAUGACUUGUUCUCCAUGUGGGAUGCGCUCUGUAAAUAAGACUUAUCCCCCAAAAGAGACUUGUAACCUCAGUGACGUUUUUUUCCCUAGUGAUGGUUCUGCCAUGGAUCAGACCUCCAUGAAUAAGAUUUGUUUCCUAGGAGAGGUCUCUUCACUUACUGAUACAGUAUCUUCCCAUAAGGGUUGUGCUCAAAAGGAGAACCAUAUCUAUGAGGCAUCUUGCCCAAUUGAAGAAAAAUACAUUCCCGUCAAAGUCUGCAAUACCACUGACUUUUUAAAUUCUGAAGAAAACACAUGUACUGAUAACUUGGAAUUAACUGAAGGGUUAGAAAGAGGUGACAAAGUUCAGAAAGACCUAAAUAUUUUGUCAGAUCCUGAGUAUAAAAAUGGCUUUAAUACAUUGGUAUCACAUCAAAAUGUCAUUAAUUUAAGCCCCUUUGGCGUUUUGCUAAAUGAAACUGAACCAGAAUUUGAUAAGAAAUACAGUUUUCUAGGUGAAUUUAAAAAUUGUUCACUAAAGAAAUUUCAGGAUAAAAAUGCAUGUACAUCCUUUGAUAAGGAAGAAUCAAGGACUUCUGAAGAACCAGGCUCAAUAACUAACAGCAUGACUUCAAGCGAAAGAAACAUUUCAGAAUUGGAAUCUUUUGAAGAAUUAGAAAACCAGGACACUGGUAUCUUUAACACAGAGGUAAAUGUAGGAGAGCAAGCUGCUGCAGAAUUAAUCCAAAAGGAAUUAGAGGCUAGUAAAAAUAUGGAACAGAUAAACAUCUCUAGUCAGAACAUUAUAAAAGAAGAAAGAAAGAAUGGUGUAAUUUGUGAGACAAUCAAUGAGAGAAUGGCAACACCACCAUCUUUAGUUUUUUGCUAUGAUUCUAAACUAAAUAGUGAAAAGGAGACUAAUGAAGGAGAUACUAAGAUGAGGGUAAAAAUGGUGGUAAAAAGCAUGGAAACUGGAAGUUAUUCAGAGUCCUCUCUUGAUUUUAAAAGAUGCUUCAAAACUCCAGUGACUUCUGAUUUGUCAGACUAUAGGCCGGACAGUGACAGUGAGCAGCCAUAUAAAAUAUCCAGUGAUGACCUCAGUGACAGUGGUGAGCUUGCCCAAGAGAAGGAAAACAAUAUAGGAUUUGUUAAAAGGGCAAUAGAAAAACUUUAUGGUAAAGCAGAGAUUAUUAAACCAUCUUUUUUCCCUGGUUCUACACACAAAUCUCAGGUUUACCCUUAUAAUUCUGUGGAAUUUCAGAGUGUCAGGAAAGCAGGUCUUUAUGAUUCUGAAGGUCAUUCAUUUGGCUCUUCUGAACAGGUAUCUAAUAGUUCACAUAUGUUGCCGGAAUUCCAGGAGGAAAGACAGGGUAAACAUAGUAUUAAUGAUGUGAGGAAUAAUUUUUAUAGGGGUGACGUUGUAGCAUCUGGUGCAAAACAAAAUGAUCAUAACAGAAUCCUUAGAGACAUAGAGGAAGGAGUACUGAUUGACAAAGGCAAAUGGCUCUUAAAAGAAAAUCAUUUGCUAAGGGUGUCAUCUGAAAAUCCUGGCAUAUGUGGCAAUGGAGACACCACAUCAAUUGAUACCCUACUUGAUAAUAACAGCAAUGAGGUACCAUAUUCACAUUUUGGAAAUUUGGCCCCAGGCCCAACCAUGGCUGAACUAUCCUCUUCAGAACUGGAGGAGCUGACUCAACCCCUUGAACUAAAAUGCAAUUACUUUAACAUGCCUCAUGCUAGUGACUCUGAGCCUUUUCAUGAGGAUUCAAUAGAUGUUCACAACAGAACCUGUGCCAAGGAAAGAGUACCAAAUCACCAUAUAGAGGAGAAGGGUAAUCAUCAGUCAGAAAAAGUAUGUACAUCUGUCACUCAUGCCUUUAUACCUACUGAUAACAAAGUACACCCUGUCUCUGAUGAUGCUAUUAAAAAACAGCCAUUGCCUGGCAAUAAUGCAAUUCAUGGUGCACUGCAAGAAGGUGACUCUUUGGAUAAACUCUAUGCUCUUUGUGGUCAACAUUGCCCAAUAUUAACUGUUACUAUCCAACCUGUAAAUGAGGAAGACCGAGGAUUUGCAUAUCGCAAAGAAUCUGAUAUUGAAAAUUCCUUGGGUUUUCAUUUGUGGAUGAAAACACAUCCAUAUUUACUGCAGUCAAACAAAAACAUGUUCAGGAAUAAGAACAAUGGAGGAGAUAUGAGAAAAGAAUUUAUUGAUAAUGACAUUGGGGAUAUAUUUGACAGACUUUAUUUCAAUUACAUGUUUGACUUUAUGGAUAAAAGAAGAAAACGAAAAAGAAUUAAUUUCUUAGAGUUAAUACAAGAAGGUGAUUUAAAGAAAUUUCAAUCUUUUUUAACGAAUUUCUUGCACACAUCAUUGUUAGUUGUGGGUGAUGUAAAUUCAAAUAUACAAGACCCCAACAGAUGGACAAAUGGAAUCUUUAAAGCAGUUGAUGAGAAUAACAAUUUAUUAGAUAAUAGAUUUCAGAGCUCAAGAACAAAUCUCAACCAAGUAGUAAGAGAAAAUAUCAACAAUUGUUUCUCUUUUGAAAUGCUUGGUCAAGCCUGCCUGUUAGAUAUUUGCCAAGUUGAGGUAUCUUUAAAUAUUAGCAAUAGAACUAUAUUAGAAAUACUUUCUGUUUUUCAGGGUGAAAGUAUUUGCAUUUGGGAAGAGGAAAACCAGUUAAGUUUAACUGAUCUUGAAAGCAGUAAUGAACAGGAAAAUUUAUAAUUUCAAUAUCAGCAUAGCCUUUCUCUGUCAGUACAGUUUUCCCCCAUAAUAAGAUGAAGCACAUGGAAUGGAUAUGGUCUGGACAACCUCUAAGAAUUUCCUACUUCUUCAAAAUAAGCUUACCCUAAGAAAACUUACACUUGGAUAAAAUCAAUUUGCCUUUCAUCAUUUCUGUUUUUCAUUUUUCCAACAAUUACAGACUCAGUUUCUAUUCUGUUAUUUUGGAAGUUUCUAUGAGGUUUUGUUCUGAAUUUAUGUAACUUUUUGCCUAGGGAAUCAAAAUAUGCUAAGGACAAGAAUUUUAUCUUUUUAUGUUGCUUGGUGUAAAAUGUAUAAUAAAUUGAACAUAUUGGUGAAUAAAUGGAAUAGACA